AUGGGUUCCGCUUACACGAUUUUUGGUAGAUCUGUUCCUUCACACUAUUUGGCCAUUGGUACCAUCUCAGCAACUGCUUUGUUGGCAGUUCCAAACCCAUUCAAGAAGUCUGAGCCAAAGAAGGUUUGGAAUGCUUCAUCUGAAGAGGAGGACAAGUUCGUGAGUGAGUACUUGGCUAAGCAUUUGAAGGAAUAA